AUGGGGAGCUGUUACUCAAGAAUAAAGCAAGAAGAGAUGGUUUCAAGGUGUAAAGCCCGGAGAAGGUACAUGAAACAGUUGGUGAAAGCAAGACAAUCAUUUUCAUCUGCCCACAGUUUGUACUUAAGGUCUCUCAGAAACACCGGCUCUGCUCUGCUUCAAUUUGCUACCAAUGAAACCAAUCUGCAUUACCAGAUUCACAACCUCCCGCCGCCGCCGUCUCCGCCACCUCCGCCGCCUGUGGUGUAUUCUAGGCCACCCCAACUCCCAACCGCCCCACCACCUCCACCAAUUCCGAUGAGCCCACUUUCUGACACGUGGACAACCACCACCGCAACCACCACAUCCUCUGCUCUUAUGGCUCCACCACCGCCACCGCCUCCUCCUCCGCCUCCGCCUCCGCCGGCUUCAUCUUCAACUUGGGAUUUCUGGGACCCUUUCAUGCCUUCUUCAUCCAGGUCUGGAACAGAGGAGGAAUGGGAGGAGACCACCAUUGCUUCCGAGGUCGCCGUCACUACAACUGUAGGGGCGGCCAGUGUGGCGGCGCCACCGUCUAUAAUCAGUGGGUUUUCGAAAGACACCUCCACUUCUAGUGAGCUAGCUAUGGUGGUAUCCACAAAAGGGAAAGACCUGGUUGAGAUCAUCAAAGAACUUGAUGAUUAUUUCCUCAAGGCUGCUGAUGCAGGGGGUCCACUCUCCAUGCUCUUAGAAGUCCCCACUUGUUCCAUUUCCGACAUCAGAUCCUCCUCAGGCGGGAAAAAUCAGAAACAUUUAUUGUGGACGUGGAAUUCGAGUCCCAAAUGGAAUGGUAUUGGGAAGUAUUGUGGUGAUUCGUUUGGAAAUGUGAGUGUUGGUGGUGUGGGUUUCUCCCAUUGCUCUACCGUGGAGAGAUUGUACGCUUGGGAGAAGAAGCUUUACCAGGAGGUGAUGAAUGCAGAGACUUUGAAACUAGAGCAUGAGAAGAAGGCAGCCCAAUUGAGGAAGUUAGAGAUGAAGAGAGCUGACUAUGUUAAGACUGAGAAGGCCAAGAAAGAGGUUGAGAAACUGGAAUCCAGGAUGAUGGUUGCUUCCCAGGCAAUUGAAACCACUUCUGCUGAAAUAGUAAAAUUGAGGGAGUCAGAGCUCUAUCCACAGCUGGUUGAUCUAGUCAAAGGAUUAAUGUGUAUGUGGAGAAGCAUGUAUGAGUGCCACCAGGUCCAGACGCAUAUCGUUCAGCAGUUCAAGUAUGUAAACACCAUUCCAUCUUCGAAUCCAACAUCUGAAAUUCAUCGCCAGUCAACUCUCCAACUUGAGCUUGAAGCACAACAGUGGCACAAUUCUUUCUGCAACCUUGUUAAGGCUCAACGAGAUUACAUUCAGUCCCUAACUGGUUGGCUCAGGCUUAGCUUGUUCCAGCUCAGCAACAAACCAGGAGCCAGAACUGGACUUGAUUCGGCAAUAUACUCCUUUUGUGAAGAAUGGCAGCUUGCAGUUAACAAUGCUCCAGACAAAGUAGCAUCCGAAGGAGUCAAGAGCUUCUUAACCGUGAUACAUGCUAUUGUAGUGCAACAAUCAGAAGAACAAAAGCAGAAGAAGAAAUCAGAAUCUGCAUUUAAAGAGCUUGAAAAGAAGGCAAUGGAGCUAAGAUCACUUGAAUCUAAGUACGGGCCUUAUUCUACCGGCACAAGAAGCAAGGAUCUUGUGGGGGAGAAGAGAGCGAAGGUGGAGGCUGUGAGAAUAAGAGCAGAGGAUGAGAAGGCCAAGUAUGACAAGGCAGUGGGCGUAACUAGGGCAAUGACGCUGAAUAACCUACAAAUGGGAUUGCCCCAUGUAUUUCAGGCAGUGACUGGUUUUGCCAACGUAUGCACACAUGCAUUUGAGUCGGUGUAUAACCAGGCGAAAAGUACCGAUGAAAUGCAUGAUGUGAAAAGAAUUAUGGGUUAA